AUGGGACGGGAAGCAGCGUUCAACAAACGAACGUCAUCGUCUAUGGCGGUGGUGAUGUUUUGUGGCAAGCGAUUCACCCCAGGCAGUACUUGUCCUGACAACAAAAUUUAUGUGUACGUGAACGAUUCGGCUCACGACAGGACGCCGUACGUCUUUGUGGAGUUGUACGCGGAUGGGCUUCAGGAUUGCAUUCGAAAGUGUUUUGGCAAUCAGUUUUGCUACUCACUGAAGUAUGACGUAAAUGCUGUCGAGCGAUGUUCCCUGUACUAUUUUGCCGCUUAUAAUUGUACUGGGAAGGAUCUGGUCUUAGCCAGUUCUGUCCAGUACACUGGAGGAGCAGUUACAAUUGACUGUCUGCGAUGUCCAGCAAAUGGCGAUUUUGUCACAGCCCCACCAUUCGACACCUUCACCGAUCAGAGCAUUGUUGCCAAGGAUUCCGAAGGCAGAACGAUCUUUUCGAAACCACUCAGUAAAGAAGUAACCGAUAACAUCGAAUCGAAACUAAGCGGACCUCCCAUAACUGGUAAAACGACUUCGGAACUACGUGUCACUGUCCCAAAACGAGAAUGCUCUGGAAGUUUGAAAUUCUUGUAUACAAAUAAUAUCGAUCGGGAAACAGUGCAAUUAUUAUGGAAUGAGACCACUGUGACCUCGGGCGAUGAAUGCGCUCAACUAUGCUUCGACAUGAAGUGUGGAUUUGCAUUCUACAACCCGACCGAUAAAUCAUGUCGCUUAUCGGCGAAUACCGAAGACGUUGUGGAUCGUUCCACUUGCGACGUUUCUAGCGAUCACUUCAAGAUCACCAUUCCAGAAGGCGAACCUCUCCAAAUCACUUGUGUUACCUGUGACAACGAACCCACACACACGACAGAAGUUCCGGAAAAAGCUGCUCCAAAACCGUCAACGGAAUUCAAUGUUGACUCUCCUGCUCACGCCGCUCACCAACAGCCAGAUCAUGCGGUCCCUGAAGUGAGCACCCACGUCGACCAACACCCAGAUCAAGCGGUUCCUCAAGUGAGCACACUCUAUCCAGCGAUUAUUUUCAUUUGUUUGCUUUUGUGCAAGAUUGUACAGCAUUCAAAGGUGGUCUAUAGCGACACUACCGUUCAGGCAGGAUCUAACGCAUGCAUAAUAAACUUCCAAUUAGAUGAAGAAGCAGACACUUUGAAUUUUAAUCAUUACGAAGUGGAGAAAGUGGAAAGCGUGAACGACUGUGCACGAAUCUGCUUCCGUGGAGGCUGUGCUGCUGCGGUAUAUUCACCUCGAAGGGGCGAAUGCUUGCUGGGAGCGAAUUACAGAGACACCUGUACAAAUGCUCCCUCAACUAUACGAUAUCUUAAGCAAGACGAUGUCAAAUUACAGUGUUUCCGUUGCGGGUCUCCCAAAAACUUCGAAGCGGAAUUAGCUCAAACAUCAGUUACCACAACGGAAUCUGUGGAGAAAUCUCACCAAAAAGAUGUAGAACAUAGCAACGUCCACGAAGACCAGACAACGGUUGCCACAACUACAACGGAAUCCGUGGAGACAUCUCACCAAGGAGAUGUAGAACAUGGCAGUGCCCACGAAGACGAAGCAACGGCUACCACAACGGAGUCUGUGGAGGAAUCUCACCAUGAAGAUUCAGAACAUAGCAACGCCCACGAAGACCACACAACGGUUACGACAACGGAAUCAGUGGAGAUAUCACACCAAGAAGAUGUAGAACAUAGCAAUGCCCCCCAAGACCAGACUCCACCUACGGAAGCCUCCACCGAUGCUAGCAUGGACCAUGAUGAAGCGAUGUCAACUACGAAAUCGUUAGCUGUUGUCAACCCAGAAAAAGAGGAAACAACACCUACUGUCAGAAAAAAUUGUCUUAUCAAAUUCCAAGCAAGUCCAUUCUCGCAACGCCCUUCAGAAAUUGAAGAUAAUUUCGAGGUGGAGCUUCAAGUAGAUUCAGCAGAACUUUGUGCGACUCGCUGUUAUCAGGACGGAUGCAGCACUGCGAAAUAUGACCCGAAAGCUGGCUCCUGUGCUCUUUCGUACAUCGGCAAACAGUAUUGUAGUAGAGGAGAUGUGGUUCUACAUUACAAAGCCGAAGAAGUUACCUGGAUUCACUGCGUGAACUGCUAUACCCUGAAAGAGAACGGCAAAGAAGGAACAUCAGAAAAUCCCCCUGGCGCUUCAAUGACAGUCAAAGCCGAGACUGAUGCAACCACUCCAACUCCUUCCGAGGGCACUUCCGAGACAACUGUUUCCAGUCAGUCGGAAACAUUAUCGGAAACGUCCACUCCAUCUGCACCAGAAUCCAGCCUUACAACCAGCAAGUCACCGACAGAAGCAGAAGGCGUUUCUCAUAAACCCACUCUAGGAGACGAAUUCCAACGAGGAUGUCUCAUCAAGUUCCAAGCGAGUCCAUUCGAACAACGACCGAAGGAAUUCACGGCUCCUUUCGAACUCGUACUCCCUGUUGAUUCGAUCGAAUUAUGCGCCACCCGUUGCUAUCAGGAUGGUUGCUCUGCCGCAAAGUAUGAGCCUGCCGACAAGAAGUGCUCACUGUCAUAUAACGACAAACCAUUCUGUAGCAGUGGCCCCGUUACACUUCAUUACGAAGCGAGCAACACGACUUGGAUUCACUGUGUCAAUUGCUAUCGUUUCAAGGAUUCCGACAAGCCUGAGUUUUCCGAGCAGAUUGAAGGUGAAGUAAAGGAGGAAGUCAGUGCUCAAACAACUCCUAAAACGAUGACCAGCACGAGUUUGGAGGGUGUCACCACCGGGUUACCCCGCGAAAUAGGGGAGCCUGUCGUGGUACUGCCUAAUCGAACUAGAGGCGAGAAUGCCUCUCAUUUCCAGAAAGGCUGCGCAAUCAAAUUCCAAGCUCGGCCACUUUCUGAGAGACCUCCCGAAUUCCAAGCUAAGUUCGAAGUCGAAGUGCCGGUGGACUCCGUGGAAAUGUGUGCGACAAGAUGUUAUCAGUACGCGCUACAACGAUUGAUGAGGCAAAUCGGUGUUUCUAUGAAAUGUGUCACAACAAAAAGUAGAAGUUAA